AUGGAAGACGUCAAGAGUCAGGACAAUGAGGAUAUGAGCUACAUGUUCUAUCAUGCCAGCAGCUUCGACCAAGAUAUCUCUGGUUGGGACACGUCUUCCGUCGUAGAGAUGGCGAUGACGGCGCUUGCGUCGUGCCCGGAAUGCAAGGAGACCCGCUGUCCGAGCACAUCUUUGGCUUGUUUGGAGGAUAGGUGUGCAGCCGUAAACUCGGGCUUCAUCGAAGUCGGGACGUGUGAGAUGGAGGAGUGCCGGUCUGCGGAGGAUCUCACCGUCGUUCCCAGCAGCUUCGGGCAAUGUACAUCAGCUUGCAUACGCAACCCCAACUGCACGGGUUUCCUGUUUUCCCCACAACUUUGGAUAGGCAAGUAUUCCGAUGAAGUCGACUUUCGUCAGGGUCAACGCUGCGACCUCCGCAUCAGUCAGAGGCCCCUGCCAGUGCGUGGAAGUGAGACUCAGAGUACAUCGGCCUUCUUCGUCUUCCGGCGGGCGGGCUGUGACACCUUCUCCUGCCCCAGUUGGGGCCGUCCUCUGCCUGCGCCGAAACUUCUGCCAGACGCUGGGGCCGUCACUGAAGCACAGUGCUGCACCUGCUCGGCGCCCGGAGCAGUGCAGGACCGCAAGGAAAAUUGCGAUCCCUGCUUAUCCGCGCAUGCUGAGCAAAAAAGUGGAUCAGCACAAAGCAAUGGGCUGAUUGAACAGAGCACAGCACCGGCAGCGGAUCAAAGGUCCUGCGAGGCCUGCCCUGCGGGCCGCUAUGCGGAGGAAGGGGCCAGCGAGUGCAAGCUCUGCAAGGGGAACCGGCUGCUGCCGAAUGCAAACCAGAGCGCCUGCGAGGCCUGCGCCGUGGGAAAGUUCAUCCCAGAGGGUUUCAUCACCUGCGAAAGCUGCCACCUCCCCAGAAUGCUUCUCAGAGGGCUUCUCAACAAUCAGUGCAUUUGGUGGCACAUUCCCAUCAUGGUGGUGGCGUUGCUCUUGAUCUUGUUCACCAUCCGCGCAAUCCGACAGACCGUGAAGAAGCGGACCUUGAGCAAGCGGGAGAGGCACUGGCACCAGGCAGAGCUGGGUGCCACCUGGAAGCUUUUGGAGGCUUCGCUGUGGGACCGCGACGACGCGGCCGUCGCCAAGCUCGCCCAGACCCUGACGUCCCAAGGCUUAGGGUCUGCCUAUGUGGACUCAGAGAUCCAAAAGCUCCGCGCGCACCACAGCUCCGUGGCCGGUGUGGGCAUGGAGUACCUGCUGUCCGAGGACUUUGCGUGCUUGGCCAAGGGGCGAUCCAAAAAGGAGGAUCCCAGCUUCAACGACCUCAAGGAGGCCUUCUGGCUUCAAGAGGGCCACGAUCCCGUAGGCCACGAUGUGCCUUGCCCCAGGGACGGUCGACCUGGCUGUGCAUUGGUGGACUGGCUACCCACUCGGCACCGGCGCAUGCAGACGCAUUUCAUGUCCUGGACCUGGAGGUACAAAGUGUCCCAGAUACGCAGCUCGCUCGAGAUGUGGCGGGCGGAUGCCAAGUCCACCUUUGAACCCGAGGAUGUGUCCUUCUUCAUGUGCUUUUUCGUGAACAACCAGUUCCGAAUAAUCUUGGAGGGCGCCGUCGGUGGCAGCGAAGAUCUGGAGCGGGUCUUCAAGGAGAAUUUGACCCGCAUCGGGAAGGUGGUGGCCGUGCUGGACACUUGGAAGGACCCAGUGUACCUAACACGCGUGUGGACGAUCUACGAGCAGUUCACCGCCUGCUCGCUUCGAGUCCCAGUGACUUUUGUUAUGCCCGAGAGCUCCUCUGAGUCUUUGAAUGCCCAGAUCUUCCGCGGGGCCGAUGGUAUCGAGGAAGUCAAGGAGUCCUUAUGCCAGGUGGAUGUGGCUCACGCGGAAGCUUGGGAUCCGCGAGACAAGGACUUCAAAGAUCAGAAUAUGAGACCCAAGCACAUCAGAUCCUACUCGUGA